CUCUACUACUCUUAUAACCCUCUCUCUCUCUCUCUCUCUCAAAUCUCAAUCUCUCUCUCUCUCAAAAACUAAAACUAUUCAAGAAAAGCAGUCACAACACCCAAAAAAAAAAAAAAAAAAACUCCCUACUACUGCCACUGGACGACGACUUCUACUACACUAGUCCAUAUUGGAAAAUCAAUCAAUCGCACCAACGAGAUAAAGAUAGGGAAAAACUCAAAAAAAAAAAAGCCACUAUGAUCUCUGCUUCCACUCCUACAAAUUCAUAUUCAUGGGUUAAUCCAAAAUCCCCCAUGCCCAUGACCAUGAUUUUGCCUCCUUCGUCAAGAGAGAUGAUGGGCUUGGGUUUGGGUUGCUCUCCGAACUCAAAAACGCUAGCAUUCAGACAUCCCAGUACACAGCAUAACUACAUUAACUGCUCCUUGCAGACACCGUCCACACUCCAUUUCCCAAAGCAAUCAUCAACAACUACCUCUUCUCCUUCUUCUUCUUCUUCUGCCAAAACUGCAUAUCCAGCUCUUUUUCUUCCUGGUAGCAGUGCUACUAUUGCCACCCCAUCUAAAACUCCCACUGGUACUGCUACCGUGCCAACUCCGUCUCCAUCAAAAUCGGCGUCGCCAUCACCAUCGCGGUCGCCAUCAACCCCACAAUGGAACGUACUACAAAGGGCAGCCGCAAUGGCCUUAGACGCGGUGGAGACUGCCUUGACUGCGCGGGAAUUGGAGCAGCCCCUGCCAAAAACUGCAGACCCCAGAAUCCAAAUUUCUGGAAACUUUGCUCCGGUACCGGAACAGCCCGUCCGGCAUGCACUUCCGGUCACUGGAAAAAUUCCCAAUUCCAUUCAGGGCGUCUACGUCCGAAACGGUGCUAAUCCACUCUUUGAACCUGCCGCCGGCCACCACUUCUUCGACGGCGACGGCAUGAUCCACGCCCUCCAAUUCAAGAACGGCUCUGCCAGCUAUGCCUGCAGGUUUACGGAGACUCAGAGGCUUGCCCAGGAAAGGUCUUUAGGCCGUCCUGUUUUCCCCAAAGCCAUUGGUGAGCUCCAUGGCCACUCCGGCAUAGCCAGGCUUAUGCUUUUCUAUGCUCGUGGAGUGUUUGGGCUUCUUGAUCAUAGCCAAGGAACGGGGGUGGCCAACGCCGGCUUGGUUUAUUUCAACAACCGAUUACUCGCCAUGUCUGAAGAUGACUUGCCGUAUCAUGUUCGAAUCACCCCUUCGGGGGACCUGAAAACUGUUGAGAGAUACAAUUUCAAUGGAAAGCUCAAGUCCACCAUGAUAGCUCAUCCAAAGCUGGACCCUGUUACUGGGGAGCUCUUUGCUCUGAGCUACGAUGUAAUUCAGAAGCCUUAUCUGAAAUACUUCAGGUUUUCGAAAACAGGGGAGAAGUCGAAAGACAUUGAAAUCCCAGUUCCUGAACCAACCAUGAUGCACGAUUUCGCCAUCACUGACAACUUUGUGGUAAUCCCUGAUCAACAAGUUGUCUUCAAGAUGUCUGAAAUGAUUCGUGGGGGCUCCCCGGUGGUGUAUGACAAGGAGAAGGUGUCAAGAUUCGGUGUACUGGAUAAGUAUGCUGAGGAUAGUUCAGCGAUCAAGUGGGUAGAAGUCCCUGACUGCUUCUGCUUUCAUCUGUGGAAUGCCUGGGAAGAGCCUGAAACUGAUGAAAUUGUGGUGAUCGGAUCAUGUAUGACUCCACCUGACUCGAUUUUCAAUGAAUGUGACGAGGGGUUGAAGAGUGUUUUAUCUGAAAUUCGGCUAAAUUUGAAGACGGGCAAGUCUACCAGGAGGGCAAUCAUAUCCAAUCCUGAGGAUCAAGUUAAUCUGGAGGCAGGAAUGGUGAACAGAAACAAGCUUGGGAGGAAGACAAGGUACGCAUAUCUGGCUAUAGCUGAGCCAUGGCCUAAAGUUUCUGGUUUUGCAAAGGUGGACCUUUUCACCGGUGAAGUGAAAAAGUUCAUUUAUGGAGAUGAAAAAUAUGGUGGUGAGCCUCUGUUCCUCCCAAGAGAUCCCAAUUGUGAAGCUGAAGAUGAUGGUUACAUUCUGGCAUUUGUUCAUGACGAGAAGGAAUGGAAAUCGGAGCUAAGAAUUGUCAACGCCAUGACAUUGGAAUUAGAGGCAUCAGUGCAGCUGCCAUCAAGAGUUCCAUAUGGUUUCCAUGGCACUUUUAUCAGUGCCAAGGACUUGGCAAGCCAGGCCUAGUUUUGGUGCAGAUAGCCUGGAACUUAAAGAAACUUGUGACCUAUGUUUCCAAGUUUUAGUUCAUGUAGUACGUUAAAUACGAGGGAGAUUUACCAGAGGGAUGGCUGCAGAUACGUCCCCGGAGUCUCCCUUGAGGAAUCCCUUCCCAGGGGGUUGUCUAAUUUUGUUCUUUUAUUUUUCAUUUCUUUUCUUUCUUUCCCUUUCCCCUUUUCGGGGAGAGAUUUAAGUUCUUGUGAGAGGUUUUGGAGGACCAGCUUGUAGCUUUUGAUGUAGUUAGGGAUCGAGCUCAGCUGGUUUCUGCUUUUUCUUCCACAUAAAAUUAGCAUAUGAGGGAGUAUAUAGUAUUGUACAUGCCUCAUCGUAUAUAUCUAUAUAUAUCCUUCUCUGUUUAUACUC